AUGGGGAAGGACAAAGAAGCUCCCAAGCUGAAGGAGGAGGAGAAGAAGUCCAAGGAUGAGGUCCAUCUCAAGAUCAAGAGCAAGGACAAGUCGACAGGUGAGGUCGACGACAAGGAGAUCGAGAUAGAGAUCGAGGCCAAAGGGGAAGAAAGACAAGAGAAAAAGAAGACGGAGAAGUCGGAGAAACAUGAAGAUGACGAAGAUGAUGAGAAGGUGAAGGAUAAAAAGGAGAAAGACAAGAAAAAGAAGGGAGAUAGUGAAGAUUCAGAAAAGGCAGACAAAGACAAGAAGGAUAAGAAGGCUAAAGAGAAGGUAAAAGACAAGGAUGGAUCAGAGUCGAAGGGUUCAAUUGAUGAAAAACAAGAGAAAAUGAAAGAUAAGAAAAAGAAGGAAGGUGACAAAGAUGUAGGGGAGGAGGAGAAACACAAGAAGAGAGAAAACGAAGAUAAGAAGGAUAAAAAGGACAGAGAAAAGGAUGGAUCUGAACCAAAGGGUUCAAGCAAUGAAAAACAAGAGAAAGGCAAAGACAAGAAAAAGAAAGACAAGAAGAGCGAAGAGAUGGAACAGAAGGAGGGCCAUCUGGAGAAUAAGAAUGAUGAGGCCGCACAGAAGGUUGUUCACAUGAACAAAGAGUUCGCAGGAGCUGCAGACUCAGGCACCCGUGAAAUCAAGCUAACUGACGCUGAACCACAUGAGAAAGAAAUUGAUAGUGAAGAUUCAGAAGGCAAGAAGAAAAACAAAGAGAAGGAGGACAAGGAUGAAGCGAAGAAGAAAAAGAAGGAUGGUGGUGAGGACGAUGAAGGCGAGAAGAAAGACAGAGAAAAGAAUGAGAAGAAGAAGGACAAGGGUGACAAGAAGGAAGAUGGUAAGAAGACACAGGGUGAUGGAGAGGAAGACGGAGAAGGUAAGAAGAAAGACAAGGAGAAGAAAGAGAAGAAGAAAGACAAGGGUGCAAAGGAGAAGACGACCGAUCCAGUGAAGCUGAAAGCAAAACUGGAGAAGGUGGAUGCCAAAUUGCAAGACCUACAGGCUAAGAAAGAAGACAUCCUGAGGCAGCUGAAAGAGCUGGAAGAAAGCGGCAAGGGAAAGACCAAUGAAGAGAAGCCUGCACAUGUACAGGAGGACAAAGGAAAGGACACGGCAGAGGUGCCUGCACAUAUACUGGAACAGGGUGGAGACAGCAAGGUCAAGGAACAGAAUCCUGUUGCCGCAGCCUGA